AUGAUUCAAGUUUCAGAUAGAAUAUCGGUCCUGGACGGAUUCGUUAUAGAUAAAAAUGAACGAAGAAUCAUAUCCACAAGUUCCAAAAUCAUUACCAAGCUUGGCCAAGCUCUGAAGAAGAAUCUUUCAGCAUGCGAUCUUAAAGAUAUCCAUUCCACUUUCAGUACCACAAAUGUUAGCUUCUACGAUCUUUCUGAGCUCAUCCCACAUAUCACAAUGACAGAAGUGUUCAUCAAAAAAAGUAGAGAUGGCCGUUACCAAACCAAGAGCCGUAAAUUUAGCGGCUCCUCCAAGCACCAAGCCACCAUUAUCAAAUUAGCUGGUAACAAGAACUAUUACUUGAUUCAUCGCAAGAAAAGUGACUCUAGCAUGGCUUACGAUAUCAUGGGAUCCUCCAAGGAUAUCCAGUUUGUUAAGUCCAACACAGCUUUGAAACUGUACUUAGGAGAUCCCGUGGUGUCUCAAAAUGAUAAGCACUUAUUAAUCCAGCUUCAAUCCCACGACAUCAAGGAAGAAGCAUCGGAAUUAUUCAUUUUUGGCUACCAAAAAACACACCUAGGGAUACAGACGCGCAAUCUGGAGAAAUGCUAUACAUUGCAGCACAACCAGGAGACAUUUUUAAAUGAUGAAUAUUUGGUGGAAAUGGCUAGUAAAGAUGAUGUUGGAAUCUGGAGAGAAUGCUGA